UCUUGUUCACCCCACUUUGGCCAAGUCUUCUCUCCACUCUCUUAACAAUAGAUAAAAAGUCAUUACUUUCAUCGAUUCUGCUAAAAAGAUCCCCAAAUUUGAAGUCUUCCCCUUUGUCCAAUCUACCAAAAAUCUAGGGUUUUUUCCAACGACCCUGUUUUGGUAAACGAUCUAUUGGGUGGAUAAUCUACUGGUUUCCUUAGUUAUACUUUUAAAUGGAGGGGAUGGAAGAUACCAAGUCUGAGGCGCAUUUAACCUCGGCUGCAGCUUUUGUGGAAGGGGGAAUCCAGGAUGCUUGUGAUGAUGCCUGCAGUAUAUGCCUUGAAGCAUUCUGUGAAAGUGAUCCAUCUACUGUGACCAGCUGCAAGCACGAGUUUCAUCUUCAGUGCAUUCUUGAAUGGUGUCAGAGGAGUUCUCAAUGCCCCAUGUGUUGGCAGCCAAUUAGCCUGAAAGAUCCAACCAGCCAGGAGUUGCUGGAGGCUGUUGAACAUGAAAGGAGUCUUAGGUUCAAUCCUUCUAGAAAUGCAACCAUAUUUCAUCAUCCAACUUUGGGGGAUUUUGAACUACAGCAUCUGCCAGUGGGGGCAAAUGAUGCUGAGCUUGAGGAGCGGAUAAUCCAGCACUUGGCUGCUGCUGCUGCAAUGGGGCGAGCACGUCAUAUUGCAAGAAGGGAAGGUCUGAGAAAUAGGUCAUCAGCUCAAGGUCGUCCACAGUUCUUGGUUUUCUCAACUCAUCCUAAUUCACACACUUCUGGCCCUGCAUCUUCAUUAUCUCCAACUCAGAGAGAAGGUGAACCAGCCCCUGCAGUCACCAUUGGUACUCCAUCCUCUCCUGCAAGAACAGUGGGUGAAGAAUCUUCAGCAUCAAUUACCCCAAUACAAUCUGCGUCAGCUGAUCAGCAGUCUGCCUCAGUGUCUGGCUCCGGUGUUCUUUUGGUAAAUGAUCAAGGGAAUUCAUUGAACAAUAGGAGGUCUCCUAAUCAGUCUUCUCCUAAUAGUCAAGAUAGAGCAGGACCUUCAGAAUUCCAGUCAUUUUCAGAAUCACUAAAAUCGCGGUUUAAUGCUGUUUCAAUGAGAUACAAAGAGUCAAUUUCAAAGAGUACUAGGGGGUGGAAGGAGAGAUUUUUCUCUCGCAACACUUCCAUGGCAGAUCUUGGUUCUGAAGUUAGGAGAGAGGCUAAUGCUGACAUUGCAACAGUCUCGCGCAUGAUGGAGCGUCUAGAAACCAGAGAUAACACAAUCAGCAAUGCUACUGUAUCAGGCAGUUUAGAAGAUAGGUCUAAUCCAGAAUCAAAUAGCCACCGGAUAUCAGAUGCUGGUGGAGAAACUCCUCUGACUGAUGCCAGUGUGCAAGCUUCAUGUGCUGCAAGUUCUGCUUCCAAAUAAGUAUUGUUUCAGCAACUGCAUCAACUGAAAGUGUUUUAGCUUCAAAGCCAUUCUCUAUGCCCUGGGACAUCUGAAGAGAACGUUGGUGAUUAAGAACUGAUUCAGAAUAAAAGAUGCAGAAUUCGGAACUAGGGACAAAUAGAUUAUGUAAAUCUGUUUAUAUUUUUAACGUUAUGUAUGAAUAUAUAUAAAAUUUUAAGCCCUGUAUACUAGUUGCUCAACUGUUGAAGAUGUUGUGACAAAUUCUAGCUUGAUGAGCUUCAUGAGGAUUAUACAUUUUUAACAGGCACAUACGAAUUUUAUUCCUAUAUGAGAUUUCUACUUGAUACCUUGUUUCAGGAA